CUCUUUUGGCAGAGAAACUUACUCAGUGCCCUCAGAAACCCCCACACUGACACAUCCAAGUGCCCAGAGCUGCCAGUCAUGAAGGAGCUGAAGAGCAAGGCGUUCUGGAGGGCCGUUUUGGCCGAGCUGGUGGGUAUGACCCUCUUCAUCUUCCUCAGCAUUACAGCUGCAGUUGGAAACCCCAACAAUACCAAUCCAGAUCAGGAGGUCAAGGUGGCUCUUGCGUUUGGCUUGUCCAUCGCCACUCUUGCCCAAAGCCUCGGUCACAUCAGCGGAGCCCAUCUGAAUCCAGCUGUGACGCUGGGCUUGCUGGCCAGCUGUCAGAUCAGCUUGCUGAGGGCUGUGAUGUACAUCGUGGCCCAGAUGUUUGGUGCGGCGCUGGCGAGCGGCAUCGUGUAUGGCGUCACCAAAGGGGAUGCCCUCGGGCUAAAUACGAUCAACAAUGAUAUUUCUCCCGGUCAAGGUGUUGGUAUUGAACUCUUCGCUACCUUCCAGCUAGUGUUAUGUGUCAUAGCAACCACAGACAAAAGAAGGCGGGACGUGACAGGCUCCGCCCCUCUGGCCAUCGGCCUCAGCGUUGGUCUGGGCCAUUUGACAGCCAUCAGUUUCACGGGAUGCGGGAUCAAUCCGGCUCGAUCCUUCGGACCUGCAGUGAUUCUGCGGGAUUUUACCAACCACUGGGUCUAUUGGGUAGGCCCUAUGUGUGGAGGUGUGGCAGCUGCGCUGGUCUAUGACUUUCUGCUCUACCCUAAAAUGGACGACUUCCCCGACCGCGUGAGAGUGCUGGUGUCUGGCCCGGCCACAGACUACGACGUCAACGGUACUGAUGAUCCCCCUGCUGUCGAGAUGACAUCAAAGUGACGCGAUACUCUGCGUAUUUAGUGUAUGAUAUUCUUCAAGGCCACAAAUCAUCUGUAAAUAAAUCAGUUUUUCCCCACAGGGAAAUAGCAUUAAUUUUAAUUGCCUAUAUGACAGUGUGGAAUUGCAAAUGUAAAACCGUCUUUGUAGUUGUUUAAAGGGACCGCUGGCAUUUUGUAUGGACUGGUUAGAGUUUUGUAUUAUUGUUUUUAUUCUUAUUUAGUGAAUCAGUAUGUACCUCAGGAAAUUUAUACCGUUUUCACUAUUUUCGAAUUUUUCACAAAAUGUAGAAUCACUUUGUGUUUUUGUGAGCUUUUUUCACUUUGUAUUGUUCUAUGUGUACACUAUGCUAUUGUUUUUUGUAAUUAAACUUCAGGAUGUUUAAUCUUAAA